CUCACUGAAGAGCCCGGCUUCCUCCCCUAAGGCAGCUGCAUAGCGAACUCCAUCUCUCCCGCAAUGCUUUUCCCUGCGAUUCUGCUUUGUGCUUUCUGGUCUGCAGUGUUGGCUGAGACCUCUGACGACUAUGAGCUCAUGUACGUGAAUCUGGACAACGAAAUAGACAAUGGACUUCAUCCCACCGAGGACCCCACGCCAUGCGACUGCCGCCAAGAGCACUCGGAGUGGGACAAGCUGUUCAUCAUGCUGGAGAACUCGCAGAUGCGGGAGGGCAUGCUGCUGCAGGCCACCGACGACGUCCUCCGGGGAGAGUUGCAGCGGCUGCGGGCCGACCUGGGCCGGCUGGCGGGCGGCAUGGCGAGGCCAUGUGCUGCCGGGGGCCCUGCGGACGCCAGGCUGGCGCGGGCCCUGGAGCCGCUGCUGCAGGAGAGCCGCGAUGCGAGCCGCAGGCUGGCACGCCUGGAGGAUGCGGAGGCGCGGCGGCCCCAAGCGGCAGUGCCUGGCUUGGGUGCAGUGCUGGAGGAACUGCAGCGGACGCGUGCCGACCUGAGCGCGGUGCAGAGCUGGGUCGCUCGCCGCUGGCUGCCAGCAGGUUGUGAAACAGCAAUUUUAUUCCCAAUGCGGUCCAAGAAGAUUUUUGGAAGCGUGCAUCCUGUGAGACCAAUGAAGCUUGAAUCUUUUAGUGCUUGCAUCUGGGUCAAAGCCACGGAUGUAUUAAACAAAACCAUCCUGUUUUCUUAUGGCACAAAGUGGAACCCCUACGAGAUCCAGUUGUACCUCAGCUCCCAGUCCCUAGUGUUUGUGGUGGGUGGGAAAGAGAAUAAGCUGGCUGCAGACACUGUGGUUUCCCUGGGGAGGUGGACCCACCUCUGUGGCACCUGGAGUUCAGAGCAGGGGAGCAUGUCCUUAUGGGUAAACGGGGAGCUAGUGGCCACCAUUGAGGGGAUGGCCACGAAUCACCCUGUCCCUGAGGGUGGACUUCUACAGAUUGGCCAGGAAAAGAAUGGUUGCUGUGUAGGUGGGGGCUUUGAUGAAACAUUAGCAUUUUCUGGAAGAAUCACAGGCUUCAAUAUCUGGGAUCGUGUUCUCAGUGAGGAGGAGAUACGGGAGUGUGGAGGAGCCGAGUCUUGCCACAUCAGGGGAAACGUCGUCGGGUGGGGAGUUACCGAAAUCCAGCCACACGGAGGAGCUCAGUAUGUUUUCUAAGUAUUGUGAAACUCUACUUGAAGCCAAAGGAGACUCAUACUUUAAAUGUAGGCUGCUCGGGAAAGCCUAAAAGCUCCAGUGUGUAUUAUGAACACUUGAGACUAAUGAAGGAGAGACUUGAGAUUAUCUUUAUUUAUCUUGGCAAAAUACUGAAUAAACAGUUGAAGGAGAAGGCUUGGGGGCAUUGUUACUAAGCCUUCUGCUUGUGGUGCCUUCAGAUUAAUGUCUGCCUCUGUCAGAGAUAUCCUCAGAUCACUGAGCAGGACUGGACUCUGAACAGAAGGAUGAUUGUGUUCCUUUGCUUUGGUUAAUUUUGUUUUGGCCAGAGACAUUUUUUAUGCUGGAAGAAUAACAAAACAAGCUCUGUUGCCCACUGCUCAUUCCUUAUGGCGUACCCUGUGACAAGAGGGAGGGCGAGAAGGACAUAUUUAUACCACAAAGUGACUUAUUAACAAACAUAAAUGUAGCCUGCGUGUUAGCAGCCAGUGUUCCAUGUGGGAGAGACAGCUGUGUAACUUAUAUUG